AUGGAGUUCAAGAACUUGGCUCUGCGACCAGCUGCUGCGGUAGACGCAUAUGACAGUGAUAUGGACAGCGAAUGGGUUCAAACACCGCCAGAAGAUGCGUUCACAGACGAAGACGAGAUUCAGAUAGACUCGACGGGAGAUCUACUGCUGCACGUCGGCUCCGAUCCUUCUACCGGCACCACCAAAUCAUUUCGCGUCUGUUCAAACACAUUACGGCGAGCAUCACCAUUCUGGAGGCGCACACUGAUUGAGACAUCGCCAAAGACUCAGCCGGGUGACGAGGAGUGGUGCGGAUGGACCCCAUCGCUGUAUGCUUGCCAGCACGACAAGUCGGACGGAUUGAUGAUCCUGCUCAACAUCAUCCAUGCAAAAUUCUCACUCGUACCGAAGGAUCCCAGCCUCACGGAAAUUUACCAUACUCUUUGUCUGGCAAGCUUGUAUGAGAUGGAACAUGUCUUUCAACCGUGGAUUGCGCAGUGGUACGGUAUGAUGAAGACCUCUGAGAGCACCAGAGACGGCCGGGAUCUAGCGAUGUUGUCGUGCAUCGCUUGGGCAUUGGGCGAUGAGAGACUGUUUGCGAGGACCAUCAUCAAGAUCAGCCUUACCUGCAUCAUAGAUGAUCAAGGUCACAUGGCUACUCCGGACGGGAUACGCCUAGAAGACUAUUUCUAUGACUCUCUUGGCUCACCGACCAUACCUGAAACCAUCCGUACUUUACGCAGUCAACUCGCCGCAGAGCUGCCUUCACAUCUCAAUGGGGUAAUCGACAGAUUGAUAGAUGGGAAAUGGCUUUGCGCUGGCAUUUCCGGAAUUCCCGUAACUCGGAACAAAAAAUGCGAUUAUGUCGUGCUCGGAAGUGUAUUGGCUGGUCUCAUCUAUGUCCGAGGAUCGAGAGCGACGGAAGUAACAAUCAGAGCCGACGAGAGCAUCAUGGACUUACUCAAGUCUCUGAAGAGGGUAUUGUCAUACGUGACAUGCUAUGAGAAGCACCCGGAAUGCAACCCUGCAGAGCGAAUUUCGGAAGCCAUGAAGAAAACAAUCGACGAAAUGGACAUACCUUUGAGUUCAGAUUGCGUCCAACGGAUGAAAGAACAACGUCAAAAGACUGGGUGGCAAAAUUGA